UCGUGUUGUCAUUGCAGAUGUUACAGGACAGAAAAUUAUUUCGAUCGGAAAAGGUUUUGAGAAACUCCUAACGCCCUUUUUGGAAUACUUUAACAUACACUGCAUCUAUGCAAUGAGUCAUUUCAAUGUUUAGGCAUUUCAUACGCUUUUCUGUAGAGAUAAUAAAUGCAUCUGUUGGCAAUGAAACAGCAGAAAAUCAGCUACGUAUAUCAGUGGAAAUGAAUGCAUCUAGUUAAUUUGUUGCAACAUACUGGUGGAUAUAUUUUAGCACCAUCUUACGUGCGGGAAAUCUAAACAACUCUAAUAUCAACGGUGAUGUGAUUGUGCAGCGAACAUAGUAGCAAUGGAUAAAAGUAAAUCGCCUGUACGCCGUGCUAAACGUCAAUCGAAAGUGGUUGAAGAAAACUUCUGGGAUUGCAGCGUCUGCACAUAUCGCAAUACUGCCGAAGCCUUCAAGUGUUUAAUGUGCGACGUGCGAAAAGUUUACUCCGUUCCAGGUACAUCCACCCGAAAACCACGACUUAAUUCUGCCCUGGCGGCGCAACAGGCUGCAACACAAGCCUUUCCAGGGGCUUCCGGGGGUACGCAAGUCGUAUCGAACGUGAAAUCUCCCGGUAACACAAAAGCAUUAAGAAGCAAAAGCAAGCGAUCAAAGCAUCCAGCACGAUUAAAAAAUAUUGACCGUUCGAGCGGCCAAACGCGUGAAGUAACUGUAAAUUCAGUAACUGUUGUCAUCACCGAGUAUAAACCAAAGCCCUCCGUUAGUCGGCAUGAUUCGAGUGAAAGUUUUAGUGAGAGUAAUGAUUCUAGAAGCUAAGCAACUUCAUUUGCCCUGCACAUUUGGCUAUUAUUUUAGAUAAUAACAGAAUGUCGAAUGUUACUAAAACUAGCAGUUGCUGCUGCAUUAUGAUAGGUUUGCUCUGCUGCUUAUUCGUGAUUGGUAACGAUAGUAUCAUGUCUGUUUUAUUCUCGAUUGGGGUUUCAUUUAAAGAAAGCGUAUGUCUGAAGUCAGUUUUAUUUAUAAAACCAACUCAUUCUAGCCUUAUAAAUUAUAAGGGAGUUAAAGUUUGUGUAAAUUGAUUGAUAUUCAAUAUUACUCAUAAUAAGAUUCAAAUUUCUUAAUCUAAAUAAUAUUGUAAGUCAUACAGGGUUUCCCACGAUUUAUUGGUCAGUUCCCAUGAUUUUUUGGUGCGUUCCCACGAUUUUUGGUCGUAUC